CCCGCAGCCUCAGUUAGACGCUCAGACGGGCAGCACCGCGCGCUUUCUUGGGAUGCACGCGCGUCCGCACAAUUUCUGCUGGGAAGUCAACAGAACAUAGCAGUAGACUAGAGACCUCUCGCGUGAUGCUGGACAUAUUGAGGUCUUUUCCUGGACUUUAACGGAAUUCCGGGGGCGAAAGUUGUUUAUGUUUAGUUCGAGGCUCUUGUGUGUGGAUGUGGGAAGACAUGCGGCGAAUUGGCUGUUAAAUAUUUCGGGACGAGAAUUGAGAGAGAGACUAUGCUGCGGUUAAUGGGACACGAAGUGUCAGAUGCCGCGUUGAAACUCGUAUUGAACUUUAAUCUCUCCGAAUAGAAACCUGUCGCGCGAGCAGUUCCACACAUACCAAUAGGCUUUUCCGCAUGGAAAGUGUCCUUACCGAUCAGCCUGUUCUUCCUGAGAAUAAGGGAAUGUUUAUUGCGUGUUGAGUCGGGAUGGAUGUGCUGUUGUGAACGCGUCAGAUCUUCAGAAAGAUGCAGCAUCUUCGUGUGGCGUGGGCGCUCGCGGGAGCGGCGCUGGGCUUUUUUCUGCUCUUCUGGAUUCAAGCGCAUUUCUUCGGCGAAGGUCAGCUGGUGGCAGGUACAUGUGAAAUCGUGACUCUGGACAGGGACAGCAGUCAGCCAAGGAGGACCAUCGCCCGGCAGACGGCCAGGUGUGCCUGCAGGAAGGGCCAGAUUGCCGGCACUACCAGAGCCAGUCCAGCAUGUGUGGAAGCACAUAUUGUCAGGAGCAGACAGUGGUGUGAGAUGAUGCCUUGUUUGGAUGACGAAGGCUGUGACCUAUUGGUAAACAGAACGGGCUGGACGUGUGCACAGCCGGGAGGCCGAGUGAAAACAACCACAGUAUCCUGACGCCAAUGGGGGAAGAUUUUCCCAAGAGAGGUGCAACGUAUGGAAGAACCUCGUCAUUCUCCAAAGCUACAGCGGUGCGGGGGAGGGGAGCAUUCAUCAUAGUCCUGUUAGCCCUGUUUGUCAGUCUCUCCAUUAGUCCUUCAGUCUCAUAAGAUAAGGGGUGAGGACCUCUCGUCAUGGAGUUUACGUGGACCGUGAGGAAUGGAUCCCCCCGUGCUGUCAAUCAGAGUUGGAACCGGCCAACGCUUUGUUUGCCGAUGCCAAAACGGGCAAGUGAUCAGUGCGAUGACGAAUGCAGGAUAGUUUGCGACUUGAAUCGUGAAAAGUGUAAGGAUCUAUUGAUAUUUUACAGACCAAAGAAAUGCGGACAAACAAUUUCUGUGGGGAAGGAUUUCCAAUAUGAACACAAAAUACACACAUCAGCUGCUUCAGCUUCGAGAAACGCAAGCAAAAAAAAACACAUAC